CUCCCAGCCUAGAGCGAGUCAAUUUAUGGAAAGACAAGUCGACCCUUUAAUGGUUCCCAUCAAAACCACCUAAAAACAUCAUCAGACCGGCCGACUUCCGAGAGGAUUCCUGCGGCGGACGCAUGCAGCCUUCUCCCAGCUGGCAGACUGCGACCGAAGCAAGCACGCGGAGAGACAUUUUGUGGGAGUUUUGACAAAGCUUUUUCACUUCCCACGAGAGAAGAGAAGUUCGCUUUUGCUCCAAGUUUUUCAACAUUUCAAGAGUCUGCUUCUUCCUUAUCCGGGAUACUUUUGCAGAAGGCGGCAGAAGUGGCCUGGAUCCUGAGUACCACCAGUCCGCUCUGCGCCUUUAUUUACUCUGAAAGGUUAUCAUUUUAUCUCCGGUUUUUUAUCCAGGCGAGUUUGGUGGUUCAUGUUCACAAAUGUUAGCGAUCGGGCAAAUGGAGGCUAACCGGCAGAGUGCUUUCGUCCUGGGCAGCACCCCGCUGGCGGCAUUGCACAACAUGACCGAGAUGAAGACGUCCCUGUUCCCGUACUCUCUGCAGCAGAGCCCGGUGGGCUUCAAGCCCCAGCUCUCAUGCCUCAACUCCCACAUGGCCUUAGGGACCCCGCACGGAAUAAGCGACAUCCUGGGGAGACCCAUCACCGCGGCCGGACAGCUGCUCUCCGGGUUCCCCCGGAUAAACGGCCUGACCACCACCGCGGCCGCCGCGGCGGCAGCGGGGAUGUACUUCAGCCCGGCGGCGAUGUCGCGGUACCCGAAGCCUCUGGCCGAGCUGCCGGGGAGGGCGCCCAUCUUCUGGCCCGGGGUGAUGCAGGGUUCUCCCUGGAGGGACCCGCGGCUUCCCUGUCCUAGUCAAGCUAUGAUGUUGGACAAGGACGGGAAGAAGAAACACUCCAGACCGACCUUUUCAGGACAGCAGAUCUUCGCACUGGAGAAAACUUUCGAGCAGACCAAAUACCUGGCCGGCCCAGAGAGAGCCCGCCUGGCCUACUCUUUAGGGAUGACCGAGAGUCAAGUCAAGGUCUGGUUUCAGAACAGGAGGACCAAAUGGCGGAAGAGGCACGCGGCGGAAAUGGCCACGGCCAAGAAGAAGCACGACUCUGAGACGGAGAAGAUGAAGGAGAGCUCGGACAACGAGGACGACGACGAGUACAACAAGCCCCUGGACCCGAAUUCGGACGACGAGAAGAUCACGAGACUGUUGAAAAAGCACAAGGCCACCAACCUGGCGCUGAUCAGCCCGUGCAGCAACAGCUCGGACACCUUGUGAUGCCCACAGCGUGGCGGGAGGGGGGCACACGUAGGAGGAAGAGGAAGGGCAAAGGGGUCCAACAGAGACUUGUCGCGCUCUUUCUGACCCCCUUUCCACCUGCUGACACUGCGAAACAUGCGCCUGAGGGGUGGUGGGGGGGUCGCAUUAUGCUCAGGCAGAACAAGAAAAUGCGUAAAAAAACCUUGAAUGUGCGCCAAGACGCGCGAAAAAGACGCAGAAAUCAGACGCCUUUUGGCCGCAUCCAAACCAACUUACAGACACUGCAAACACGGAGAUAUGACUCCUGAACCUGGACUUCAAGAAGACUGAUGACACGCGAGUGUAAAGUACACGCACGUGUUGGGACGGGACAUUGCUUUGGCGACGCAAAUCAGUUUUUACGCAUACACAAGUGAAGUUUUAACAACCUGUGUAAAUGUAAACACAAUAGUACACACACACACACACAC